AAAAUUUUGCAGUGACUAGUGUUUGGAAAGAGUACUAAUAUAAAUUACAAAUGCUAAGGAAACAAACAGAAAAAGAAUAAAAUUUUAAUGCUAGAUAUUUUGAUAAUUUUUAAUAGUAAGUUAAAAGUGCUUAAACAGGAUGCAGACAAUGGAUCAAUUUUCACAUGAUUUAACAUUGGCUCUAGAAGAAACGAGUAAAGGUGUCCUACGUGGUAGGUGGGGACCAAGAAGAAGAACUCGAUCGACAGGAAAUCUACCGUGUGCUCCGCAACCAACAGAAGAUUCUUCAAGUAGUCCCACAGAUGCUCAGAAUGAAGUUGCGACCAAUCAGAAUAUUGGCGAUGGGCUCUUCUCUGUGCACAGCGACUCAGAUGAUCGUCAUGACUUUCGUUCUGCUUUUCCAAAAGCCAGACAUAAUUUUGAAUCUGAUUCUUUAAAUGAAAAUUUUAGCCCCGCCAGGUUUUUUCGCCCUAAUAAAAUGAAAGAAAGAAGAAAACGAAAAUUCAAAAGGAUGGCUGUUGAAUAUGAAACAACUCCGUCAACACCUGGCCCAAAAACUGGAAAUAUAUUGUCGGCAGAUAAUGUAGACACGCAAAAUAUCAACACACCUUCAAAUAAUACUAACGUACUGCCAUCGUCAGCUAAUUUAAGUUCGAACUCUUUUUUCCCAGUAACUGGAGCUGUAAAAAAACGUGUGCUAAAGCAUUCUUCAAUUGCACAAGAGAAUUUCAGAACAAAUUUAUUCUUUUGUGGUAAACGUAAACGAUCUCAUAGGGAUCACCGUUAUCAUGAUCAUCACGAUUAUUAUGGGAAGCAACACUCAUCAAGUGUUCCACGUCAAAGUCACAUUUUUGCUCCCAAAAAUUCAUAUCCAGAACAUAAAGUAAGAACUCGCAGUUUUUCGUCAAAUAUAAAACCCAACUGCGAGAAAAUUUUACCACUUCAAAAGGGUUUAAUUACUAAAAUAGAAAGAAUGUCUGCAGCGCAACAGCAACAACACCCGCAACCAAAUUUGAAAUCGGAUGGAUUUAAAUUUAAACCAAUCAUAUCAACUUCAACUGCAUCAAAUAUUUGUGCUAAUAGUCCUUCAUUAAUUACGGAAUCUCCUAGUAUCUUUGAAACAAAAAAUACCGCUGAUAUUAUUACGUCAUCAACUAAUCAACCAACGCCAUCCACGUUACCUAAAAUUGCAUCUCCUUUUAAGGCUGAAAUUGGAAUAUCAACUAAAACAACAGUGCUUAGUCAUAUUCCGGAAAAUAUCACCAUUAAAAAUUCUGAAAAUAAUUCUGGUACUUUGAAAAUAGAAACUUUAACAAGACCAACUAUUUUAAAUCCGAUAACAUCACUAAAUCCAAAACCGAGUUCAGAAUUACAAUCUCAUAAAUCAAAACACAGCUCAGGUGAACGAAGAAGACGUCACAAAAAUAAUCGUUUGAAACGCGAACAAAUUCGUGCUCAAUUACAAUUCGAUGAUCCACAUUCAAUGGAAUGUGGUAAUGAUUUAAAUGAUUUUGUUAGCUCGAGCUCACUGAGUUCAUCUGAUUCUGAGGAUGGGGAGACAAAUGAAUCUGAUCGUGAGGGUGAUGAUGAGUUAACUGAUUGGCCAGGGAAUGAAGUAAUGGUGAAUUUCGCAUCAAAAAAUGAUUUUAAGAGAAAAUCAAAUAAAAAACCUUUGCCAUUGAUAAAAUCUUCAGAUGAUUAUGCAGCUGGUGGUGACGAUGAUACUUUAAUGAGUGGUGAUGAAGUUUUAUCUCCACCGGGCGGUGUUACUGGUACAAGUUUUUCUUCAGGAAUACAAAUUAAAUCGUCAAUGUUACAAAGUCAACCUAUUGCAAUUAAUAGUGGAAAUGCAAUGAAUUUUAAUACAGCUAUAGGAGUAGGAAGUUAUGGAUUUUAUAGUGGGGGCAGCAAUAGUUUUGGUUUAAGUGAAAAUUUGAGUGAAGGUCAAAACGUUAAUUCAAGUAGUUUUAUCAAUGCUAACGAUGGAUUGGGUGAAACAACAACUAACUUCAGAUUUCCAAUUAAACAAAUUGAAAGCGAAAUGUCAGGUGAAACUUCUAAUCCUUUUUUAGCAUCACCACCAUUUCAAUCAAACGAAAUUAGAGAAAUUCGUGCUGGUUGCAGGAGAAUAAGAGAAGAGAGACCUGGAUUUGUUGUUAGAACUAGUGUAAAUGAACGAUUAGCUAGAUUUUUACAAGAUGCACGACAAAUAUAUAUCAGAUUACCAGAUUUGGAAAUACAUGAACAAGAAUCAUUGACAAAUUUAGCAAAGUUAUACUCAUUACAAAUGACAAAUGAUAAUGGAUGUACUGUUUUAACCAAAACAAGCAAUACAACACAAUCAGUUAAAAUAGAUCAGCCUAAUUUUAGUCAUAGGUUUUUAUUUAGUGAUUAUAAACGUAGAUGUUUUGAUACAACUAAUGUUCAUAAUUUUGAAGAUACAAAUGAAAGAUUAACAGAUUGUAUUAAUAUCGAAAAAUGUAAAGAUAAUUUUGAUAAUGGUUCACGAAAUAAUGAAGAAAAUAUUUUAUGUAAAACUUUGGAAUGUACAACAUCUGCAACACAAAAGCCAGCAAAUAGCCAACAUAUUAUAAGUUAGCUAUUUAAUUUAGAUCAAGAGUUAUUAAACAUUUAAUUUUUUUUUUUUGUUCAUAUUAAGUUAAUACAAUAAAUCAACAAUCGUAUAAUGGAUCUAAGUCAUUGUACAAUAUUUUUUAUUGUUUUUAAUAAUAUUAUUCUUUUUUUUUUAAUAUUAUUAUUAUUAUUUAAUUAAAAUAAUUUAAAUUUUAAAUUUAGUUUUAAUGCAGUUUUUUUUUGUUAAUGAAAUUCUUUCAUUUUUAAACAUAAUCAGUAGUAGAUAAUUAAUAUGUAGUUUGAAUUUUCAAUACAUAUUUAAUAUUUUCAUUAAUUUAACAAAUCAUUCAUAUUUCUUUACAAAUAUUAUUUUAAAAAUUAUUAAUUUUUUUUUUAUUUGCUUACCCGCUUCUUUUUUUAACCCAAUUAAUUUUAUAUGCCGUUUUUAAUAUUCUUUUUAUAAUUUUAUAUUAUACGUAUGUAUUUAAACUUUUAUUAAAAUUUACUGAAAAUUUAUUUUGAAGUUUAUUACAAAUUUUUUCGAAUAAGAUUAAAACAAACUUAUAACAAUAUUGUACAAAAAAAAGAAUAUGUGAAAAUUAGUGGU